AUGAAAAGGCCUCAAAAACGCACCUGCCAGAAGCGACAAGUGGAUUUAUCCCUGCAUGAUUUUGGUUCGGCCUUAGCAACCAUGAGCGAAUUUCCCAAUGCGGAGAAGAUCAAAGCAGACGAGAUCGCAGCUGUACAUCGACACGAAAUCAAGAAGACGAUCGAUGAGCUAGCAAAGAAAGGGGUCACUCCCCUCCUGGUUGGCUUUCUAGCCAAUGGAGACGUUGCUGCCAAGAAGUACGCAGAGUGGACCAUGAAAGCUUGCGAAGCCGAUGGGAUCCGGUUUGAGGUGCGGGAGGUGGACAAGAUGGAGCUCGAGGAAGCGCUGAUGGCUGCCAACCGCGACGACUCGAUUCACGGCAUCAUGAUCUACUACCCCUGCUUCGGCAACGCCCCCAGCUUCUACGGAGGCAACAUGGACGACUACCUGCGCGACACGGUGCCGGUGGAAAAGGAUGUCGAGGGCCUCUGCUACACUUACCGCCAUAACCUUUACCACAACAUCCGCUACAUCGACACUCAGGUCUCACACUACAAGGGAGGGAUCAACACUCCCACUGGAACUAAAGGAGAGAAGAAAUGUCUCCUGCCAUGCACUCCCCUUGCCAUCAUUAAGAUUCUCGAAUACCUCAAAGUCUACGAUGAGAACCUUCCUGUUGGAAAUCGCAUGCAUGGAAAGAACGUCGUUGUCAUCAACAGGAGUGAGAUUGUUGGACGCCCUCUUGCUGCCCUGCUUGCGAACGAUGGAGCAGAUGUUUACAGCAUCGACCUGAACGGGGUGUAUCUGAUGCGACGCGGGAAAAUGCUGGAGGUUGCGGAAACCCAGGAAGAACUAUGCAAGAAGUCAAGAAUUAUCGUCACUGGUGUCCCCACCAAGGAUUACAGGCUGCCAACCGAGUGGGUCCAGCCUGGCACUGUGGUGAUUAACGUCUCUCACUUCAAGAACGUCGACGAGGACGCGCUCAUGCAGGUCCCUGGUGUCAAGUACGUCCCCCUUGUCGGCAAGGUCACUGUCGCCAUGCUCGAGCGAAAUUUGCUCAGGUUGAUCCAGAACUUCCAUCUCAAGGAAUAG